AUGGAGAGCUUGAAUUCAGUUGUAGGCAGCAAUGAACAAAUAAAGGAACCACAUGUUAUAAAUGUAUCGGACAGUGAUUUUGGGGAAGAUGGAAUGGACGAAGUUAGCUCGAUUCCUUUUCAAUCACCAGGUGGUGGUAUGUAUUGGAAACCUAGGGUUGAAGCUGAAUUUAAACCUUAUAUAAACCAAAGCUUCCGAUCACUAGAGGAUGGUAUAGAGUUUUACCGAGAUUAUGGACGUAAAAGUGGGUUUGAGAUCAGACGUCAUACAGAGAAGAAACAUGAGGACGGUACAGUUCUUCUUAAACACAUUGUUUGCAGUAUAGCUGGCCGCAAUGAAUCAAAGAUGAAUGUUGAUUAUGAGGAUUUUAGUAGCAGUUCGAAAAAGAGAAGGAGAACUCAUUCUCAUUUUUUGGUCUCCGGUAGUGGGAAACAAUUUUUGAAGUCAAAUAGAGUUCUCGGUCUCGCUUAUAAGAAGCUUGUAUUUGAUGGAGCAAAAGCCAACAUGGGGCCUAACAAAACAUAUAACUUUGCUAAGGAGUUAUGUGGAAGUUAUUCUAAUGUUGGUGCUACGUGUACCGAGUUUAAAAAUUGGAGUAGGUAUGUGAAGCUUUAUAUUGGUGAUCGAGAUGCUCAAAUGAUCAUCGAGAAGUUCACGGAUAAGAAGGAGAUGAGUGAUGGAUUUUUCGAUGAUUAUGCAGUCGAUGAAGAUGGUCGAUUAACUCGCAUCUUUUGGACAGAUGUUAUUAGACGAAGAAAUUACGAUGUAUUUGGAGAUGUGAUAUCAUUUGACUCUACAUAUUCCACAAACAAGUACAACAUAAAGUUUGUUUUAUUUACUGGUCUCGACAAUUAUAAGAAGUGUGUUGUAUUUGCAGCAGGAUUGAUAGCUAAAGAGGACAUUGAUAACUAUGUCUGGAUUUUUGAGGUAUUCAUGAAAUGCAUGAUUCGCGAGCCAAAGUGUAUUGUUACAGAUCAGUGCCCUGCCAUGAAGCAAGCUAUACCAACCGUCUUUACAGAAACACGUCACCGUUUGUGCAUGUGGCACAUCAUGAAGAAAUUUAACCAAAAGUUGGCAAAAUGCAUUUCGAAGAUGGAUGAUUUCAAGAGGAAAAUAAAUGCACUGAUUUGGAUUAUAGAUAUAGAUCCGGCAACAUUUGAAGUAGGUUGGAAAGAUGUUAUUAAAGAAUAUAAGCUUGAAAGUAAUGAAUGGUUGUGUGAACUGUAUAACAUUCGGGAGUCAUGGAUUCCAGCCUAUUAUGCUGAUGAUCCAUUGGCUGGUUUAUUGCGUACUACAUCAAUAUCAGAGAGUGAGAACAGUUUUUUUGACAAAUUCAACCGUAGAUCUGACACAUUGACAGAAUUUUAUCUCCGAUACGAGAGUGCUAUGGAGAAGCAAAGGCAUACAAACGCAAGAUUAAACUAUGAAGGAACGAAGUCGAUGCCAAGAAUGGACGGGCCAUUGUUAUUGGAGAGGGAUGCAGCAGAGUUGUACACUCGAACAAUGUUUUAUGAGGUACAGAAAGAGAUAAUGUCAUCCUGUUAUGAUAUGAGUAUCAACAGUAUAUCAGAAGAAGAUGGUGUGAAGAUUUUUUCCUUAAAAGACAAAAAGAGACAUGGAAAAAUAUUUGAGGUGAAACAUGCUUAUUUGAACAAUGACGUGCAAUGUAUGUGUAGGCUGUUUGAGAAAAUGGGUAUAGUAUGUAGGCAUGGUUUUUUUGCACUUAACCAAGCUGAUGUAACAAAAAUACCAAGACAUCUUGUUGUGAACCGAUGGACAAAAGGUGCUGAAAUGAGGCAUUCAUUGCAGUUCAAGGAAAUAUCAGAACAAUGUAAUGCAAUUGAAGUUACAAAUCGUUUAGAUGGUGAGAGACUUGACUACCUGGAAGGGAAGUUGAAGGAGUUGAAGCACAGUUUGCGUGAAUCUAGUUUGAAAUCUGACACACAGAACAAAAAUGAUGUAAUGGAGUUUUUUGUUGGCUCAAAAAUACCAGCGGAAGUUAUCGUUAAACCUCCCAUUGAAGGUAGAAACAAGGGGUGUGGACGGAGAAUUGUUGGUGAUUAUGAGAAAUCAAUUAGUCAACGAAAGAAGAAGUGUAGUGAAUCGAGAUUCACUGCAUUGAAUCUAGAUUCAGUAUAG